CUGACUAUGACAAUGCUGCCUGGAAUUCGAAGCGUGCCGCAGGGCCCGGCUUAUCUGCCACCAUCCGGCGGCUCUUCGCCUGUAGCUCCGAGGCCGCAGCAGGGCCAUCCGGAUGAAUGGGCUGGGGACCCAGUAAACUACGAGUUUUCGUACGAGGUGCAAGACGCUCAGGUGGGCCUCGAUUUUGGUCAUCACGAAAUGCGUAAAGACGAUGAGGCAACCGGCAGCUAUCACGUUCUACUUCCAGAUGGAAGACACCAAUACGUUGACUACAUUGCUGACGCAAAUGGCUACCGGCCAAUGAUUCGUUACGAAGGCACUGCAUCUUACCCCUCCGCGCAGGCACCAGCUGGCGAAGGAUACAAGUACAGGAAGAAAUGA